AUGCGGAAACUCACUAUUGUUGACGACGAUUUGCCACACUGUUACCUACCACACCACCCGGUGUUCAAGCAGAGUAGUACCACCACCAAGGUCCGUGUGGUGUUCGACGCCUCCUGCAAGACCUCUUCCGCAGUAUCACUGAACGACACGCUUCUCGUCGAUCCAGUUGUACAACAGCAUCUCGUCAACAUUACCAUUCGCUUCCGCUUCCAUGCUAUCGCCUUCGUUGCCGGCGUGGAAAAGAUGUAUCGACAAGUUCUUCAUUAUCCCAUUGAUCAGCAGUUGUUGCGCAUCCUGUUUCGUCGUAAUCCGUCGGAUCCACUCGACACAUAUGAACUCCUCACGGUCACGUACGGUACCGCAUCAGCUCCAUACUUGGCAACUCGAACCCUGCUACAGUUGGCCAAAGACGAAGGAGACAAGUAUCCGGAAGCCGUUCAACCUGUCAUCGAAGAUUUUUAUGGUGAUGACCUUCUCUCCGGUGCAGACGACCUGGAUGCUGCUAUCGAAAAACGUCACCAAAUUACGGAUAUGCUUGCAUCAGCUGGAUUCCCAUUGAGAAAGUGGGCGUCCAACGUUCCGGAAGCUUUGACUGGAAUACCACUCGAAGACUUGGCAAUCAAACCCCUCUUCGAUUUGCAAGGUGACCAAUCAGUGUCCACGCUUGGACUUGUUUGGGAUACAAGAACGGACAUGUUGAGAUUCAACGUCGAAAUGCUACUUCCUGCAGCGGUGCUUACAAAGCGUAAGGUAAUAUCAUGCAUCGCUAGAAUCUUCGAUCCACUAGGCCUCGUCGGCCCGGUUAUUGCUACUGCUAAGAUGUUUAUGCAACGGCUCUGGAAGCUAAAAGGCGAGGAUAAUCAACCCUACGAGUGGGACAGACCUCUUCCAUCGAAACUGCAAGAAUAA